UUUUGAUGCUUUUUCACUUACAUCGCUAAUGUUGCUUUAAUAGCCAUGUAAUUGGAUAUAUCGUCUUCUGUCCAGUGUUUUAAAUGCAUCUUUCAUAUUUGGUGAUUAGCUUACCCGAACACGCAUCCCUACAACAAACCAUAAGUCAAACAGUUCCAAAUUGAAGAUGCAAAGUUUUUAGUAAACAGUGAUUUUUUUUUCAAAACUGCACGUGCUAAUAAUGCAAGAGCAAAUGAGGCAGUUAUCAAAGCGACGAUAAGUUCGAAUUCCUGAAAUAUCUUGAUAAGUCUUACCGUAAUUAUCCGUCACGUAGUGAAUGCUGCACAAACACAACAAGGGAGCCUUUGUACUUACACUGCAGCUCUUAAACUUAUUUUCCCACGACUACGUUUGUAAAAUGAAAAUUAACUUUACCCAAUUGCAACAUUGACUCCUUCCAAAGCAAUGCCACACCCAAAACUUGAUUGUAAAUGAAAAAGCCGGGAAGUUCAGCUGUGCAUGCAGUGUAGAUAUUGCCACUCACACUUGUGCAUCACCGAACAGGUGUUACAGUUAUUAUUUGUUAAUAGGCGCGUGUGUGUUCCCCUAAUGUGUGGAAAUGGCACUCCUCCGGGGGGUCAAAUGAAAUAUGUAUGACGAAUUCUUUGAUUUAAAAGCGAGCCUGCCACGGGUGCGUACAAGCGCUGGUGGUGGUUGGCGGUGGCGUCACUCGUCCGUCCCCUGUACCCUGCUGCUGCUGGUAUAAGUGCCCGCGUCUCCCCGCGCCUUGCGCUCUUUUAAUCCACGCUCCGAGCUUGCCGAGACGCGAUUUCGCGUGAAGGAAGAGGGCUCACAAAUCGCGACCAUCAAACGACAAGUUUCGACUCCCCCCCCCACUCCAUCCACAACGUGGAAAGGAAGGAGGCUCCCUCGAACCUGCCCGCGACCAUGAAAUCCACCAGCCUUCUCGUCCUCGCCGCUGCCUCCCUGCUCGUGCUCAUCCGCGCCCCGGAGGCGACGGGCCGCUCCCUGCAGGAGCCGUGGGCCCCGGGGCUCCCGGAGAGCGACUCGGCGCGACUCCUCGAGAUGCUCGAGCCCAGGUCUCAGCAGGGCGAGAGCCCGAGGCAGAUCGACACCUCGCAGGUGGCCUACCUGUCCCUGCACGACCACCUGCUGCGCCUGCUCAGGCGCAUGAAGUAUCAUCGCGAGACGAUGGCCGGCGGCGUCCUUCCGACGGCCGACGAGGAGAACGAGCAUCGGAUGGCCGAAGUGCUACGGCGCGUGGGCCAGGUCCUCGCCGCGGGAGAGGUGGCGAGCCUAGGCGCUGGUGGGGCGGUGGAGGGCGGCGACCUGGGCGAGUCGGAUGAGCGUCCGGCGAAGAGGUCGGACGAGCCGCCCAUCUCGCUGGACUUGACCUUCCACCUGCUGCGAGAAGUCCUCGAGAUGGCCAAGGCCGAGCAGCUGGCGCAGCAAGCGCACACCAAUCGCCAAAUAAUGGAGAAUAUCGGCAAAUAGUGGCGGAGGCUCUCCCUCUCUCGUCUGUUGUUGUUUCUUUGCUGUUUGUUGUUGUUAUCGCGACUGCAGAGCGGGAAAGAGGCGCGCCUCGACCAAAUCAUUGAAAUUAAAAGGGAAAAAUGUUACCCGGGGGUUGCACAAUAUUCCCGAGCGCGCUCUGGUAGUUGGACAGCCUCAACAUAUUCCAUAUAGACCAUCGUUCAUUUCAUGUGACCAUUCUGUGACUGCGGCUUGUACUAUAUAUACAUAUAACUUCGUGUGUGUGUGUAUGUGUGUGUCCGUGUGUGUGUGUGUGUCUCAGGGGUAGAGCGGUGGCGCAGUGGUUAGCGCGCUGCAUUUCGAACCCCGGCCAUCUAAGUUCGAUUUCCCGACCACAGAUAACAUCAGUGGCGAUUGAUAUCUGAACCGGUCCUAAGCCUCCCUCCCCUAGGCAGACUCAGUCUCAAUUGAGUUAACUGUGUGCGGUGUGUAAAGCAUCAGCGUGGGGAGACGAAGGCGGCCGGGCGUGGUUCUGGCUACACCACCACCACCACCCCCAACCCCUCGUGCGUCCUACUGGCCUUUCAUAGGUGUUCGCUAACAGCACUUGCCCCAGCAGUCUGAGAUGCUACACGGGGGACCUUUGUCUAUGUGUGUGUGUGUCGGAGGAGGAGUAGGAGGAGGAUACCCGAAAUGUGGACUGAAUACGUGUUAAGUUUGGCCGCGAAUGAGCAUUGUACUUGUAAAGGCUAUUGUAUAAACGUCACAUGCGAAGCAGUCUUUGUCACGUUGCUUGCACUACAUAGGUCGCGUAUUUACCAACCCUGUUGAGUUCACAACACGAACAUCGUGAUCGACCACAGAGGGUUGUAAUACAUGUACAUUAUGGUUACAUGUGGCUUUGCCCGCAGAAAAAAACACAACACAUUAAAUGCACUGCAAACUUCAUUAAAACUGUAGAUUUUUAUGGUGAAGAUGGCAUUCUGUAUUAUCGUGAUCGGCAAUAUAAAUAUGAUUAUGUGUCCUUUA